UCAGCAUGCGUGUGCGCAAUUAGAACGUUCGUAGUGCACGUGCGUCAAUUGUUUCGUCACAAUGCAAAUUGAGUACAAAGGAUUGUAGCGGUACAUAUGGGUAAGUGAAUCAUUCUAAUCCAGUUUAACUAAACGUAACUAAACACCGGUUUCCUGGAAUAGUUAUUAUGAUUUAGAGGAUGUUACACGAGCGUGCGGAGAUAUGAAUUUUUCUAUUUUGGAGCGUUGAAAAGAUAUAACUCACGAGUAAGCAAAAACUUUUUACACGAAGAGAUGAAAUCCGUACCUUGAAGCGCUGAUGUAAUAUUGUUUAUCGUAUAAAUGCUUAAAGAUCUUUAUUUUCCUAGUUCCUGAGGGAAGGACACCAGUGUUUUGGCCAGCUUUUACAGCUGUUCAGUCCUCCUUCCGGGUGUUUUGGAUGGUUUGGAUAUGCUUUAAUGCAGGUAUCACUACCUUUGACAUCAUCCCCCAACGUCGCUCUACUAAAGAGCCACUGACGUUAAAAGGAGCAACGCACGUUAACCACACCCUUUAUCCAAACCCCUGGUUCGGUCCACCAUUAGCUAAUCUAAUCGAUUAUGGUGCUGUAUAUCCGCCAUGCAUGCGAGAAGACUACCGCUACAAUUUUGCAAUGGCAAGGUCUUUAGCACAAGCUACAUUGGGAUGUUGUGAGCAACCAACGAUAAAUGUAGCAGCUACAACAACCAAGGAUGAAUGUAUGUCAGCGGUCUCUUCUAAUAACACUGGGGACUGGAAAUCAACCAUAUGCAGUAACCGACCAAUAGGAGAAAACUUCRUGGCUCACGUGAUUCGUCCAUGUUGCGCAUAUCUAAACAACCAAUGUUUGAUGACAAGCCCUCAACACUGCUGGUUUUUACAAGGAAAGUAUCACUACCACGCUGAACACUGCUCACAGGUCAACUGCCUGAGUUCAGUUUGCUCGCAUGACAAAACCCUUAAUAUUGAAGAUUACAAGCAAUUGGAUGGCUUACCGGCCAAUUACAACCAGUGGUGGCGUUUUCUUUCCGCUAUCUACAUUCCCCAGGGGGUCAUAGACGGGGUGGUGGUCACACUCAUUGGUUUUCCAUUUGGUUGUAUCCUUGAGAAGAAAAUAGGCUGGCUGCGCAUGGCUUUGAUACACACUACCGCUGGUGCAGGAGGACAUAUGAUUGGUUCUUUGUUCUCAUCUUCAACAUCAGUGACGGCAGGCGGAGGACCAGCUUUUGCAGGAGUCCUGGGUGCUAGUUUCAUUUUACUUCUUAAAGACUGGGGGCUAGUCUCCAAGCCUUUCCGUGGUUUAUAUGGACAUGCCUUAUCUUUAUUUCUCAUGAUAUUUAUUGGUACUUUUCCAAAAAUCAAUAUUUUCUCCAUUGUAUUUGGUUUUGUUCUUGGAAUUCUAUCAGGCUUUAUUCAUUUACCAUUUUCUAGGAAGGUCAAGUAUCUCAGUUGUGUUAUUCUAAUCGUGAUAAUGUUUAUUUGUUUAUUUCUUUUCUACGAAGCGCAAUCACAUUGUACAUCGUGUCAGUGGCUUCACUGUAGUUUAUACGCACAGGGGUGGUGUUAGAAAAUAUAUUAGUAAUGAUUUGUGACCGUGUCUAUUGUUAUUACUAUAGCAACACCAUCGACACAAUUGUGGCACAUCAAAGAAAUUUAUUAUGUCUAAUAAAAUCAAGAACAAUUUC